AUGGUCGCUUAUCGCUCUCGUUCGUGGCAGUUUGCAAAAUAUGUCAAGGAUUUGCGUUUAUUGCAAGGUCAAAUCAAUAAUUUGCGAGGUCAAAGUACUCCAAGGGCUGGUGCAAGAGAAUCCAGUAUAGCGAAUUCGUUUCAACAUCGCCAACAACAUAAAAGGGGUAUGGACAGCAAACAUAUCGAAUGUCUUCUUGGAGGAGUAUUUUUGUCAUCUCCAUGGUCAACAGCAAUGCUACAUAUGAAACAGGCACUUCCAAAAUUCCUGCAGCGGCCUUUAGCCCUUAGAACAAUCCCAAAAUCAGAUCACAUAUGGUUCCACGGUCCACAAUGGCUCAAUCGACGCGAGCAACAUUGGCCCACUCGCCGCAUAGAAUGCAUAACCAGAGAAGUAGAGGAAGAAGAAGACUGCUUCGCAAUUCUCAGCACGAUGGUAGCACCGUUUAUUCCGGAAAAUAAGAAGCCGAGAACUUGGCCUAUUGAGCGUAUAUGCAGUUACGACAAGCUGAAACGAAUCGUUGCUUACUCCUUGCGAUUCAUACGGAAGACUAGCAAAGGCAGAUUCUAUCCACUUGCUAAAGAAUGUGAAACAUUUGAUGAUAUCCCAAAUGCUCAAGAGAUGAUCGUAGCAGAGCGCCAUCUACUUUAA